AUACCCGCAACCGCGCACACACACACACACACACACUACCUUCGCGUUUCAUCUAUUCCUUCUCCGAGACGACUGUAAGAUAUCCUAUGAGCCCAUCGUUCGGGAUGUCUUUAAGGACGUUCACAUACAGACGAAGCAUUGAUACCACAUAUUAAGGACAUCUAGGCUAUGUGUAGCCUACAAUGCUGCAAAUCAAUGAGACCGAAGGAUCAGUUCUGUAAUUUAAAGAUAUAAAAACAAUAACAGCACUAUACAUUACGACACCAUCAAGCGGUGUACAGUUUGCAGAAUCUACCCGAUAUCGUUCAGCCCGUAGCUAUAUUAUAGGGACAUCUUUAUGUUGUUCUAUUUUACCUUGUAGCGAAGAUUCUACGGGGAUUGACGCUGCAGACUUCGCGUGGGACGUUUCUAUUUGAUCUCUGCGGGUUAUUCUCCCCUCCGAAGACCACGGAUUACUUCUGUUCGCGGAUAAAUGGAUAUGGAAUAAUAAUUAUAAAACCCGUCGACGAGAUGACCAUGCUUUGAACCGCGGUGCUGCAUAAACUAUAACUUGUCUGGGGGGGUUGGCAGUUUCGCUUCGAAAUGGAUGAGUUUCAUCCGUUCAUCGAGGCCCUUCUGCCGCAUGUGCGUGCCUUCGCCUACACCUGGUUCAACCUGCAGGCGCGCAAACGCAAGUACUUCAAGAAGCACGAGAAAAGGAUGACUAAGGACGAAGAGCGGGCAGUGAAGGACGAGCUGCUGGGAGAGAAGCCCGAGGUCAAGCAGAAGUGGGCGUCGCGUCUGCUGGCCAAACUGCGCAAGGACAUCCGGCCCGAGUGCCGCGAGGACUUUGUGCUGUCCAUCACGGGGAAGAAGCCCCCCUGCUGCGUCCUCUCUAACCCUGACCAAAAGGGCAAGAUGAGGAGGAUCGACUGCCUGCGUCAGGCCGACAAGGUAUGGAGGCUGGACCUGGUCAUGGUCAUCCUGUUCAAGGGCAUCCCGCUGGAGAGCACGGACGGAGAGCGCCUGGUCAAGGCUGGGCCGUGCAACAACCCCAUCCUCUGUGUCCAGCCACACCACAUCAGUGUCUCGGUCAAGGAGCUGGACCUCUACCUGGCCUACUUCGUACAGGAGAGAGAGUCAGAGCAGAGCAGUAGCCCACGCACAGGUAUUGGGUCAGAUCAGGAGGAUAGCCGAGCUGCCACCAUGGAUGCUCCUGAGUUUCAGGAAAGCUUUGUGACAUCAGGAGUUUUUAAUGUAGCAGAGCUGGUGCAAGUGUCCAGAACUCCGGUGGUGACCGGGGCAGGCCCUAACUUCUCCCUGGGGGAGCUGCAGGGGCACCUGGCCUACGACCUCAACCCCUCAGGGGUGGGCAUGAGGAGGACCCUGCCUAGUACCUCCUCCAGCGGGAGUAAGAGGCACAAGUCGGGCUCCAUGGAGGAUGAUGUGGACACCAGUCCUGGAGGGGAGUACUACACCUCUCCCAACUCCCCGGCUAGCAGCUCCCGCAACUGGCAGGAAGACCUGGAAGGAGGCAUGUCCCCUGGAGUAAAGAAGACAGAGAUGGACAGCCCGUCUCCUCAGGAGAGCUCCCCACGUCUCGGCUUCACACAGCACCACCGGCCCGUCAUCGCAGUGCACAGUGGGAUCUCUCGGAGUCCGCACCCUUCCUCGUCUUUGCAUUUCCCCACCACCUCCAUCCUGCCCCAGUCCACCUCCUACUUCCCCCACACCGCCAUCCGCUACCCGCCACACCUCAGCUCCCAAGACCCGCUGAAGGACCUGGUCUCCCUGGCCUGUGACCCGUCCAACCAGCAGCCCAGCCCAGUGAGUCCAGCCCAUCUAACAACUCUAACUAGGGCCCCGAGUUUGUCCUGGUCAGGUCAUUUGCUGAAUGGCAGUGGUCAAGUGAAGUUGCCCAGUCACUACAUCUCCUCCCAGAUGCUGGCGCCCCCUCCGCCCCCCGGCAUGCCCCGUCUGACCCUGCCCUCCGACUCCAAGUCCAGCACCACCACCUCGGACGGGGGAGCCAACUCCCCCACGUCACCCAGUAAGUGGGCCGUUGCAUACUCAGCUCCAGGGACGCCCCCUGCCAACCGCCCCUUUGUAGGGAUUGGACCUCGAGACCCUGGCGGACUCUACCAGGCACAGUCCUGGUACCUGGGGAACUAAACAACACAAGGAUAAGUGAAAAGGGCAAGGACACGUGGAUUUGAGAUUCAACACUUUUUGUGGAAUGAAGAAAAAGAAAAAAAGAGAUGCAAGAGGGAAAAUGUAUAUAUAUGCAGUAUAUAUACAGUAUGUAUAUAUAUAUAAAUAUAUGUGUGCAUAUAUAUUUAUAUAUGUAUAUCAACAUAAAAUGUGCUUCACAACACCUUUUUGGAAAAUAAAGACAGAGGGGGAGAGAGCGAGUCAGAAAGAGAAGAUAGAAAGAGAAGAGGAUGUUUGGGCAGCCAAAAUGAACUGUGGGGCAGAGACAUGACCCCAGUACCCCCAUACCCCCCCCCCCCCCCCCCGCUACAGGUGCUGCUUCUUCAUAUAUGCAAAAUAAGUAUCCUUUAUUUUCUUAAUCAACAAGAAAGAGAAGAAUUCAGUUCCUGUGAUCAGACUUUUCCACACUUCUUCUGGGACGGUAAUUCUUUUUGAAAGUAGGGAGGGGAGGUCAAUAACCUCCCUUUACCUGCAGAAACAAAAGUCUACUUUUCAUCAAAUUUGAUAGACAAUCAUGUAGUUACUUCAUUUAAAGGGGGUUCAAGAUUUCCUUUAACACAGUCCAUUUUUUGGUCAUUUUUUUAUAAACACUGAGCUACAGUGGCUUGCGAAAGUAUUCACCCCCUUGGCAUUUUUCAUAUUUUGUCGCCUUCCAACCUGGAAUUAAAAUGGAUUUUGGUGAGGUUUGUAUCAUUUGAUUUACACAACAUGGCUACCACUUUGAAGAUGCUAAAUAUUUUUUAUUGUGAAACACACAAGAAAUAAGACAAAAAAACAGAAAACUUGAGCGUGCAUAACUAUUCACCCCCCCAAAGUCAAUACUUUGUAGAGACACCGUUUGCAGUAAUUACAGCUGCAAGCCGCUUGGGGUAUGUCUCUAUAAGUUUGGCACAUCUAGCCACUGGGAUUUUUGCCCAUUCUUCAAGGCAAAACUGCUCCAGCUCCUUCAAGUUGGAUGGGUUCCACUGGUAUACAGCAAUCUUUAAGUCAUACCACAUAUUUUCAACUGGAUUGAGGUCUGGGCUUUGACUAGGCCAUUCCAAGACAUUUAAAUGUUUCCCCUUAAACCCCUCAAGUGUUGCUUUAGCAGUAUGAUUAGGGUCAUUGUGCUGCUGGAAGGUGAACCUCCGUCCCAGUCUCAAAUUGCUGGAAGACUGAAACAGGUUUCCCUCAAGAAUAUCCCUGUAUUUAGCGUCAUCCAUCAUUCCUUCAAUUCUGACCAUUUUCCCAGUCCCUGCUGAUGAAAAACAUCCCCACAGCAUGAUGCUGCCACCACCAUGCUUCACUGUGGGGAUGGUAUUCUCUGGGUGAUGAGAGGUGUUGGGUUUGUGCCAGACAUAGUGUUUUUGUUGAUGGCCAAAAAGCUCAAUUUUAGUCUCAUCUGUCCAGAGUACCUUCUUCCAUAUGUUUGGGGAGUCUCCCACAUGCCUUUUGGCGAACACCAAACGUGUUUGCUUAUUUUUUUAAACUUUAAGCAAUAUAUUUUUUUCUGGCCACUCUUCCGUAAAGCCCAGCUCUGUGGAGUGUAUGGCUUAAAGUGGUCCUAUGGACAGAUACUCUAAUCUCCGCUGUGGAACUUUGCAGCUCCUUCAGGGUCAUCUUUGGUCUCUUUGUUGCCUCUCUGAUUAAUGACCUCCUUGCCUGGUCUGUGAAUUUUGGGGUGCGGCCCUCUCUUGACAGGUUUGUUGAGGUGCCAUAUUCUUUCCAUGUUUUAAAUAAUGGAUUUAAUGGUGCUCCGUGGGAUGUUGAAAGUUUGGGAUAUGUUUUUAUAACCCAACCCUGAUCUGUACUUCUCCACAACUUUGUCCCUGACCUGUUUGGAGAGCUCCUUGGUCUUCAUAGUGCUGCUUGCUUGGUGGUGCCCCUUGUUUCAUAGCAAAGGGGGUGAAUACACAUGCACGCACCUCUUUUCUGUUUUGUUUUUUCAUUUCACUUCACCAAUUUGGACUAUUUUGUGUAUGUCCAUUACAUGAAAUCCAAAUAAAAAUCGAUCUAAAUGCAACAAAAUAGGAAAAACGCCAUGGGGGAUGAAUACUUUUGCAAUGCACUGCAAGUACCUUUUAUGAGGCACGGAUCAGAAGGAUCAGGUUUUGGAGCAGUACAGAGCAUCGCGAAAGGACAGGUACUGUAACACGUGUUUGUAAGUCUUCACAAUAACCGAGACACCCUUUUGUGCCUGUCAACUGUUGUGUAUUUGUGUUGACAUUUGUUUGUGUGUGCAUACAACUCAGACAUAAUGAAACCCCCUCUCCCUAUCCUUGCCCCACUCUUGAGAUAAUAUUGCAUAAAGUUUGGAUUAAUGUAGAUAACGGGGUUUAUUCUGCACAGUGACAAAGGAGAACAAAAAUAGUUUUGUCACUAUUGAGAAAGUAUUGGGUGUAGAGGGGAGAUGUUUUCUUUAUUUUUGUGUGUAUUCCGUUUAAAUUGCAUUGGACAUUACAGGCAUUGCACUACUAUAAUUAAUGCAUUUUUUCUUCUUUAGCAGCUAUCUUAAAAUGUUGCAAGUCAAAGGUAGUUUUAGGAUUAUGUUGUAGAAACUACUAUGUUGUGUUCUUUAGGUAGCAGGGUACAUGAGCUAUGAGUGUUUUCUGUCUUGAGCUAUCGAUUAGAACAAUCCAACCCUACUGUGUUUCAGAUAUUCUAUGCUCUAGUGGAAGUUUCCUUGUGUAUGUUGAGGUACAGGGAAUCCUGACGGGUUUAUGGCAUCACACCGUUUUGGAUCUCUCUCUACAUACUGUAUCUACGUCACAUCUUUAUUCUUUUACUCAUGCUGUUUUUAUAUCAUCGAAAAAACAAAAUGAAUUCAUGAUUGUCUUUUGUACAGCAGAUCACAGACUUUAGAUGAGUCGAUGAGAUCAUUAGAAGCGUGGCUGUAAAGGUAACCAUUGAUAGGGCCACAAUUGGCCCAAGACCUAAUGGUUUCUAUGCCAACGGCACUGCAUGUUUCCAUGUGUGCACAUGGCAGAAUUCUGGCUCAUUGAGAAGGAGCAACUGACUGGCCAGCAGUGUCCAUUACCAGUCUAUUUAGUAAGACCUAUCUUUAGAGGUUUUGUCCCUGGGUCUCAUUUGCUGAUGCAAUGCAAAGUUUGUGACAACAGACAUUGUUGCAGCAUGUUUUUUGGAUGAAUGCAGAAUUCAUCUUUAUAAAUAGAAAACAUCAGGGCUCGAGACUCCUCAAUCAAACCCAAAUCAUAUAUACAGCCAUGAAAAGUGCCUAAGACGUAGCACGAGUUCUUUUCUCCUUUCUUUGUAUUUUAGUUUUUGCUUGUAUGAAGCACUGCAAGCCUCAAUGACUUCUAGGCAGGCAACAGAAGUGGUGGGAGAGAGAGGUGUGACGCACAGAGGGGGAGAAGGCAGCUCACAGCCCUUAACCCGUCUCCAGCCAAAUGCACCUUUCUGAGCACAUUGAUGGUUAGCUGGGGACAAGCCAAGAAAAGACACAACAUAAAACCCUGCUAUCAGCAAUGACAUCAUGAAACCAACAUAUCAAAGCACUAUAUAUAUAUAUAUAUAUAUAUAUAUAGAGAGAGAGAGAGAGAGAGAGAGAGAGAGAGAGAGAGAGAGAGAGAAAACUGUUUGUAUAGUUCAGAUAUGGCUCAAUUAAAACAGAAACACUUCUAAGGAAUAAUGUCAUACAUACUGGUUUCAAAAAGCUAACCUUUAAAUACGGCUUUGCAAUGGUGUUCCGAUUCACAUCUGUUAUCUAUAUACAGAAUACCUACAAUGACUUGUUUUAAAGGUGCUGAUAUGAAAUGACACUGAUAUAUAUUCAUGCAUGGUGCUUUCAAAAGAAAAUCAUCAGAUUCUAGCUCUAUUGACCACCAUAAUGCUGACAUGGGUGCAUGGCCGAAACUCUUACUACCCUUCUGAAGCUUACCCUCCCCCACAAGCCCCUCCCCCCAAGCCCCUCCCCACAAGCCCCUCCCCCAAGCCCCUCCUCCCUCUAAUCUAUGGAACAGAGAGUAAAUAAUACUGAUGGGUUCUUACCUUUUUACCUAUUCCUUUGGAUUUUUUAUUCCCUAUGGUUAACUUCUAUUUUGCACGAUAUUUUAUAUAACACAUUAUGUGCCUUGCCUUUAGUUAAGAACAAUAAUACAUGAUAAAAAUAAUGUAAAUUCAUUUCUCUUUUUAGUAUAACUGGUAACGCUGCAAAAAAGACAAAAAACAUUGCUGCAUGUUUGAUUGCUUGUCAUUAUCCAGUUUAGAUGAAUACAAUAGAAUUAAAAUAGUGACAGAUUGGAUUGUCUUUUCAUCCUUUUCCCUUUUGUGGGUAUUAUAGACUAGUAUUAUAGACUAGUAUUAUAGACUAGUAUUAUAGACUAGUAUUUGUCUUUCCAUCACAUGGAACCCUUGCUGCAUUUGAAUCUUGUUCAUUUCUUUGUUUUAUUAACUCUUGUGGCUUUCCCCUCUCAUUAUGUCUUCCAGCUUGGUGUAAUACAGUAUGUGAAAUAUGCAAUUCUCGUUUCCUCUGCUCAGCAUUUGCUGAAGAUGUAUUUUGCCCCCUUUUUAAAGCUCUUCUUCAACGAUAAAGAAUGUGUGGCAAGAAUGAGUGAAAAUGUGCAAUUACUCCAAUUCAAGGAGGGGCAACUUUUCUCCAUGCAAACACAGCUGAUUAAACCAAUUGUAUUUUCAUCUGAAGAUCAUGAUUAGUUGAUUAUUGGAGUCAGAGGACUGGAGUUGCUCAUCCCAGCUCCAAUUCAAGAUGUUGAUUUUUGCCUAUUUGAUUUGGUUGAUUGACUCUGCAACUGGAGGUCAGGGCUAGAGAGGGUAGAGAGCUGUGAAGGUUGUGUUGUAGGUGACCAGUGAUCAGGCUCCUAGCAUGGAAUAGAGAUUUAAAGCACUGAGCUGGGCUCACAUUUCCUCCAGCACCAUGGCUACUUCUGCCCCUGCAGACAUUAUGUUUGGCACCAGAUGACCAGAGCUGAAUAUGGGGUACAUUUGUUCCCCCUAUUCUCUUACAUUACAUCCUAUGAAUCCCCUAUACGCAGAAAGGCAAAUCCAAGCACUUUAAUAUCUGUUCAAACGGGAACAUCACAAAAUAAUGAAUCUCUAUACAUAUAUUAAGCCAAGGGAAAUUACUAAUUUGGAAUUGUUUAAGGAUAAAGCUGAAGUUUCAGAGACAAAUUCUUUACAUGGAAUGCUAACUGUGUUAUUACGUAAUGUGUCAAUGGUGAGCAGUGCACAGUGCUUCACAUCUCUCUUUUUGUGUUUGUGUGUGUGUGUGUGCGUAUGCGUGCGUGCGUGUAAAUGUUUGUGUGUGUGUGUGUUUGGCUAGGUAGCCUCACCUACCAUAGUACUUUGUCGGUUCUCAGAUUGCAUAUACAUAAAUCACCUGAUAGCAAAGAGAGAGAGAGAGAGACUAUUUGGUGUGUUCAAAAAUGCUAAUUUAGGAAGACUGAAAAUCAAAGGAGAGCAAAAAAGGGUUAUUAAUGCACUACUAGAUAGAAUUGUCUGAGGGGAGUAGAAAUGUGUGACAAACUAGUGCUGUGAGAUGCAAUAAUGACAUGAAAAAUUCCCCUCCCCAAUUGUAUACCUUGAUCAGUAAUCUGUGACUUAGAUGAACGUUUUUGCAUCUCACUGCAUUUCCAUGGGGUUAGGGGUCAAAUUAUUUCACUGCGAAUAUGCACACUACCUGGAUUGGUUUGAAAUUAAAUGAUCAAAAUCAGUCAAAUAAAGUUUCAUAACACUGGCUACAAUCGAAUGUUAAGCUUUAUGUAUCACGUGAAGAUUAUUAUUUAGAUGGUGAGUAAGUGCGUAGUUUCAUUUUGAGGUCCUCCACAUUUAGGUCCAUUGUGUGGAAUCUACAAAUCCACUUCAUGUUGUUUUGAAUAUUAGCCCUGUACUUCAGAAGUAUCAACUGACCUAGUCAGAAUCACGGUAUAGAGAAUGAAAACAACACAAAAUCUCUUCAUUAGCUGACUUGCUGAUUUAAAAAUAUAUAUGUUUUACUGAAAGAUGCCAAGAUGCUUCAUUAGUUGUUGUUGUUUUUUUAAAUUAGAGGGUAGAUGAUAAUUUAUCAUUUCUUACUACGUAGUGUAAUGGGAGUAUAUUGAACAAGAGAGGAUAUUGUGUAUUUUUUCAGCAGGGUCAGAAAAGGCCAUGUAAAAGUUUGUUAUGCAGUGUACAGUAUUGUUUCUGUAAUGGAUAUUGCAAUGCUGGUAGCUAUUAACAUUUUGCUGCAAGCAAUUGAGAAUUAACGAAAAAUGUCAGAACAAAGAGGUAUUGUUUACAUGCCCGUCUUAAGAUCUUGGUGAUGACGGUUUAUGUGUCCCGGUCCACAGUCCCAGGUUGAAGUGGAGUGCUGUAAGCAAAGGCAUUCCAUCAAAUCCAUACGAUCCUCAAGCUCAACAAAACGCUGCGGUCAUUCAGCCAGCAAUUUGAUAUUUGUUAAACAGGUCAUGUGUUUGAGGCAAGAGUCUGCUCCUGAUCAAAGAACGCCCACAUUAUGGGUUGUGUGUGUUCAUUCAUUGUGUUCAUUCAUCCAAAAAGGGAAAGACCAACUGAUGUGUUAACCAUACACAACACAGUACAGUCAAUGAUCUAUAUGGAGCCCUAGGCCCAUAAUCAAGUCACGAUAUUCUCCUUCUAGUUUUCAGCACAAAGUCCAAUUACUGCUGUAGUAUCUGAGGGCUCCAACGUGCUAAUGUUUGAUAGCUCUGAAGAAUUCUAUGUAUGUCGACUUAUUAGGCAUUUCAAAAUACUACAUUUCUACGUUUUCAAUACAAUUAGUGGAAAUAUAUGAAUUAUCCUCUGUAAAGGUCCCCUCUGGUUCUAACUGUACAGUAGCAGCAGACGCUGGAGCCUCAUGACAUUUCCUGUGAAGAUUUGCACUGCUCCACACUCACCUCUCCAGUUCAGUUUACCCUCCAGCCUGGGUCUGACUGGGACACAUAGGGACAGGGGUCUGACGCCACCAUAGUCUAGCCAGCACAGUGGUUCUACAAUAGGUGUUCAGCACACAGUCUUCUUAUUUCAUUUGCUUUUUUGUAACUAAACACAGCUAUACAGUAUAUUGUUAUGACACCGACAGAGACUUUUGUUUCUAGAGCAGGGUGCUACCCCCCAACACUUUUUAAAGUGACCACAGGUGAUGGUUGAACUUACUCCGAAAGACAUUAAUAUGCACUCAAUACUGACACAUUUAAAAUAUGAUCUUGUUUUAUUUCAAAACCCUUAAUGUUUUUGUAGUAAUUAUUGUGAUUAUUGUAGGAUUGUUACAUUUUGGACUCAUUAUCCUAUGUAUAAAUGCUUACAGUAUAUCAAACGUUUUUUCUGUAUUGUAUAAGAAAGUACAUGUUUAUGUUGUGUGUUUAAAUUUAGUUGUCUUAAGUUGUGGCCAAGCCACAAAAUAUAAUAAUGACUUCUUAAGGAUCUGCUAUGGUUGGUGUGAGCUCACCACCGAUUGCUGCAUGCCUUUUUAAAGAAGGUACCUGCAAUUUGAUUUGAUCAAUCCUGAAACCUGGACAGUAAUUUCAGCAUCACUUGUUGUCAUUUUAAACAGAGACAAAACCUUCAGUAAGCCUCAAGGGGAUAUGCAAAUCCCAUUGCCAUUUCUUUGUGCUUUUCCCCCUCACAAUUCAUCUAACAGUUCUGCAUUUCUGUUUUCCAACUGCUGUCGUGCUUCAAAGAACUCACACACUUCCCUUCUAUUUGGACGAUUGCACUAGAUAAACUGGUAUUGACUAUUUUGUUUAAGGAAACUUUUAAAGAUGUACUUCUCUGGAAAUCUUUCUGAAGCUCAACCUUUGAUGUAUAGGAAUGCUGAUUGUGUGAGAGAGACGGAGCGAGAAAGUGAGAAAACAGCUGCUUGUAACAAGCUAAGAAUAUUAUUCCCCGUGUAUGGCCCCUUUCGUCGUUUAUAGUUAGAGAACUCACUGAGUGCAUCACUUCAAAGUCCACCCAGGUGGUACAUUUUUGGUUUUUGGUUUGAAAAGUUAUUGGUUCAGUCCUAGACAAUCAACGUCAGGGCUGGCAGUCGUAAUAGUUUUGCCGUAGUCCAUACAAGGUGUGGUCAGUGUGUUUGUGUGUGUUUCUGGUCAGGAACGGUGUGCAGAUGAAGCACAGUCCUCUGGUGGUGCAGGUGUGAGGCCCAACACUGCUCUGAGUGCCUUUCUUCUCGCAGUGAGGCGUUGUUGUGAAUGUUACUCUAGUUUUACUCAAGGAUGCACUGCUCUGCUCCACCCAGAGACUUGCUAUUGAUUGAUGUGAGGCUGAGGGAGGUGUGUGUGGUAGCUCAUGCUGCAGCUGCAACAGGUAUGGGUCCAGAAUGACAAGAGAAGUCUUUACACAUGGUGCACCACAACCUUGAAGAUUAGAAUAUGGAAAAAGUUAAUUUACUAUAUUGGCCUUUGAAUUUCCUUCACGUUUUUUUAACUGAUGUAAUUUAUCGUUAUGCAAUUGGUACAGUAUAUAGAUUAGAAUGAUGUAGUUUAUUGUGUUCCGAGCCGGAACUCUGAAUUUCCCCUAUGCAAUUAAGGGCUGGUAUACCCUGUCAGGGUAAACACCUGGGAAUCUGAUACCUAUUAAUAUGAAUUCAUAAGUUCGUAGUUACUCUUAGCAACAAUCACUAUCCAGACAGACUCUUAAGAUGAUUUAUUUACCUAAAAUUAGAAUUGGCACUGGAUUAAAAUGGUCCCGUUCGAGUUUCAAGAUGAUUUCUUCAGAGAGAUGAAAUACUUAGCAGCACGCCAGUCAAAAGUGUAGAAUGACCAGACUUGUAUGUUUGUGAGAGUUUUAGGGGAUCAGUAGAUGGUGAGCCAAGCCAUGAUCAGUUAGAUAAAGGUAGUGGUUUUACUUUUUAGUGGUGUUUUUUUUAAUGCAAACUGAGGUAAAAUCUCAAACGAGAAGGUGAACGGGAAACACUCUCCAUAAUCCUCUUGUUACUGUAUGAAGAGACAUCAGGCACAGGCCACAACUCUCAGAGAGGUGUCACAAUAUAGGUUUUUUUGUGGUGAAAUGUGCUUCUGUUCACACAGUGUAUAAAGCUAACUGUUAUGUUUGGUCUCUAUACUUUACUUUCAACAAACCAGCAGGUAAAGCAACACUUACAUGUGAAUACUGAAUACCAAAAAUGAUUUCAACAAGCAGUGCCUGUCAUUUUACUGCUAAUUCUUUUUCAUUUAUUUUCUGCCAUUGCCCUUCUCAAGUUCUGAUGUACAUAGUGUUUGUACUCUAAGCUGCUGGAGGUCAUUCUGACGUUGUGUGGGACUGUGUUUAGUGCCUGAGCCCCACUCUCACAUUGGCUUCUGCUCAUAGCUUUCCACACAAACUGUCCCAAUGAGGUCCUACUGUACUCUGCUACAAGGUGAAGGGCACCCACUGGCCAAUGGCAAUGGCCUUUUGCUAUGGAGGUGAAAAGCCAUAAAAACCAAGUGCAGUUAUGGAGAUCUGUUCAUGUUAUUGAUGAUCCAUAUCACAGACUUACUGACAUGUCAACACCAAGAAGCCCCGCCCACAAUAGAGGAAAGAACAAGGCGACAUUUUAAUGAGGGCUCUUUCUACACAAAUCAAAUAUCUCACUUGGUCUUCAACUGCUUAAUGCCGCGACCAUGUGCUAGUUAGAACUAGAAAAGCUCUGAAAUGUCUAACUUGCUAACUUGGUUGAAUGCGGCACGUGUAUAACUACAACCAGUUAGCAAAUCGGAAAUUUCAGAGCUUCCUAGUUCCGACUAGCACGUGAAUGCUGCAUAAGUCCACUUGGUGCCCCAACCUUUUCUUGACAAUUGGUUUAUUUUCAUAUUUUUCUGGGCCUGUACUGUAUGUUGAUUCAUUCUUUAAGCAUGCUGUUUUUCUCAGUGUGAUGAAGUUGGUUGGCUGGAGGAGGGAAGAGAUCAAGAUGUUUCUCAGAGAGCAUUGUAAUGCAGUGUUAAAUUUUAAGAUUUUUUUCCUUCUCAUUAUUCUUUACAAAUAUUACCAUAGUAGUUAUUCAUUAAUCACUUGCUUGCUGCACAGACAUACACACUUCACACCAGGAAAGAGCAUGUGGACAUUUAGUUCUGACACAUCUGGUGGAAUAGAGCAGAGAACAGAUUCAUAGCACACACGGGUCACUUUGAUCUGCUUGUGAUUUUAUUUUCCUUUUUGAAAACUUUAGUACAAAAGGAUCAGCAAAGGUCGGUAAUAACUUGUCUGUUAAUUAUUUGAAAUGACUCUCAUAUAGGAAAACUAAAUUUGCCAUGUGUUUUUGAACUGGUGUGGGGGAAAUGUACAGCUUUACCAAUAUUUCAUUAUAACAUUGUAUUCAGCCAUCGCUGUUAGCAAAUGCUCAUAAAUACAUUACUGGAAGUGAGUGUGUUUCCCUAUGCAAAAAAAGUAUACAAAAUAAUAAACAAGCUAUGCUACAACUCA